AUGGCAGGCUCUAAAAAUGCGUCAAAGAAGAUGCAAAAGCGUGGUAUCGACUUCAAGAAAAUAAAGCAAAAGAUUGGCAGAAAAUUGCCACCGGCACAAAAUGCUACAAAUACUGAAAUUAAAUCUAAAGCAAUUGUUCUCCCCGAGCAGAGUGUGGCAUCAGAGAAGGCAGGAUUAGCAGUGAAUAAGAAAGGCUUGACUUUGAAAGAGCUUCUUCAACAAACAUCUCAUUACAGCUCAAAAGUCCGUAAAGACUCAUUGUUGGGAAUUAAGGAUUUAUUCCUUAAGCAUCCAGAAGAGUUGAGGUUGCAUAAGUACACUGUUAUUGAAAAACUGCGUGAACGCAUUGGUGAUGAUGAUAGACUAGUUCGAGAAACGCUGUAUCAAUUUUUCAAGUCAGUGAUUUUCCCUGGAUUUAAGGAGUUAAUUUUAUGGUUUUCUAGUUUUUAUGAAUGUUUAUAA